AAAAUGAUGUUGAGUCUAAAGUGUUAAAUAGAUAUCGCUGUUUUAGUCAGGGUACUUCUGCUCUGGUUUAAAAGUAUCAUAUUUCAUAACACCCUCAUGUUAUGCAGACCUGCAAUUCCCCGUGUGCAGUGCACUGUGCACUCAAUGACCUUUCUUGUGUGUGAUAAAACAGGACUACCUUUAGGAUGAGCUCCUCCUGGUCUACGUCAGGGUCUUCAUCGACGUAUCCAGCUUCUACCUGCUUCUAACAGUGGAAGCAAAGGACAGGCACCUAAAGCCCAUAGUGGCCGUGUGGGAUGAGGAGGCUUUGGAGCGAGAGUCAUCUGAAGUGUUUGCAGCACAAAUCCAACAAUGAGUUGUUUGGAAGGAAUCGGUGACAGUGGCUAACCGCAAGCCUUGCAACUGGUAAUUCAGACUGGGAAAAUACGUUUUGAACGGUCAUCCAAUUCGGAAUUGUAAAUCUUUUUCUUUGAUGACAAAAUUUGCCAACGAAGGACCGCCGCUCACAACAAGUGUGAUGUUUUGGGACAUCUGUGCUCCCAGACCAUGGCCGACCAGAGGAAGGCAGAGGAGAAACCCCUGGAGAAUCCUCACAGAGUUCCCAACACCUUCAAACACCUCAACCUGGAAACCACGAUUCAGGGUUUCCCUGCCUAAGAUCAAUACCGACGCAGAGUACAGCCCUUUGAAAUUCAGCCUGCGAGACAACACCUGUGACAACCAUACAGGUAGAAAUGCAGCAGAUGGGGCCACGGUGGAGAGCAUCAGAAGCUUUAAGUUCUUCAGUGUGCACAUUACUAAGGACCUGAAAUGGUCCCUUCACACCGACAGCAUGGCGCUACAGCGCCUACUUCAACCUCAGGAGGCUGAAGAAGUUUGGCCCCUAAGACCCUCACAAUUCUCUACAGAUGCACCAUUGAGAGCAUUCUGUUGGGUUGUAUCAUCACAUGGUAUGGGAACUGGUACAGCCCAACGCAUCAUCGGGGGCACACUGUCUGCCCUCCAGGACUUCUACAGCACCCGGUGUCAUAGGAAAGCCAAGAAAAUCAUCAAGGACCUCAGCCACCUGAGCCAUGGUCUGUUCGACCCACUACCAUCUAGAGACAGUACAUGUGCAUCAAAGCUUGGACAGAGAGACUGAGAAACAGCUUCUAUCUCCAGACCAUCAGACUGUUAAACAGUCAUCACUAGUCAGCCUCCGCCCAGUACCCUGCCCUGAACCUUAGAGACUGUCACUAACCAGCUACUACCUGGUACACUACACUGAACCUUAGAGACUGUCACUAACCAGCUACUACCUGGUACACUACACUGAACCUUAGAGACUGUCACUAACCAGCUACUACCUGGUACACUAAACUGAACCUUAGAGACUGUCACUAACCAGCUACUACCUGGUACACUACACUGAACCUUAGAGACUGUCACUAACCAGCUACUACCUGGUACACUACACUGAACCUUAGAGACUGUCACUAACCAGCUACUACCUGGUACACUACACUGAACCUUAGAGACUGUCACUAACCAGCUACUACCUGGUACACUACACUGAACCUUAGAGACUGUCACUAACCAGCUACUACCUGGUACACUACACUGAACCUUAGAGACUGUCACUAACCAGCUACUACCUGGUACACUAAACUGAACCUUAGAGACUGCUGCCCUAUGAGCCAUUGAACACUGGUCACGUAACAAUGUUUACAUACUGUUUUACCCACUUAAUUUGUACUGUAUACAUACUGCAAUGUGAUGUCAUUACUCAAAACGUUUGAGGAAACCUGUUGCACUUAAUAUAUCUGAGUACAGUUACUUAAAGGGAUUUUUUAGUCUUUACUCAAACCGAUAGAGUCACUGUGACCCAGUAGGGGGUCCAGAUUUGAGUUGUAUAAGCUUGAAAAAAAUACACCCCCACUAAUUCACACGUUCAAUAUAAUUUCCCAGUGAGCCUUUUUGAGUCAAUUGUAGAAUUACCACCCAUGCCUGUAUUUGUUAGUGACGGAGAGAUAGUUGUUGAAUAAAAAAAAUUCAGUCCUGUGGCCUUCAAGUGAGUUUCUAGGUGAUUGUGAUCAUUAUAAUUGAUAUGGUCCUUAUUUUGAGGCCUAAUACAGUGGACUGAAAAUCAUGGUUUACAGGCCACAUCUGGCCUGCAAGUAGUGUUGCAAAACUCUGUUAACUUUCCCAAAAAAUCGUGCUUGAGGCCUCCCAGGUGGCGCAGUAGUCUAAAGCACUGCAUUGCAGUGCUAGCUGUGCCACCAGAGACUCUGGGGUCGA